AUGAGCAGAAAAUUCUUCGUCGGAGGAAACUGGAAGAUGAACGGCGACAAGAAGAGCCUCGGCGAGCUCAUUCAAACCAUGAACAGCGCCAAGGUGGAUCCCAACGUCGAGGUGGUGUGCGGCGCCCCAUCCAUCUACUUGGACUUUGCCAGGUCCAAACUGGAUCCCAAAUUCGGCGUGGCCGCCCAGAACUGCUACAAGGUUGCCAAGGGGGCUUUCACUGGGGAGAUCAGCCCUGCGAUGAUCAAGGACUGCGGCGUCCACUGGGUGAUCCUGGGACACUCAGAGAGGCGCCAUGUGUUCGGAGAGAGCGAUGAGCUCAUCGGGCAGAAGACUGCUCACGCGCUGGAGAACGGCCUCGGCGUGAUUGCCUGCAUCGGCGAGAAGCUGGACGAGAGGGAGGGAGGAAUCACCGAGAAGGUCGUCUUCGCUCAGACUAAGGUCAUCGCAGAUAAUGUUAAGGACUGGAGCAAAGUGGUGCUCGCUUAUGAGCCCGUGUGGGCCAUCGGCACCGGCAAGACCGCCUCCCCACAGCAGGCUCAGGAGGUUCACGAGAAGCUGAGGGCGUGGCUUAAGACCAACGUGUCGGAGGCAGUUGCCAACUCUGUGAGGAUCAUCUAUGGAGGUUCCGUGACCGGCGGCACCUGCAAGGAACUGGGCUCACAGAAGGAUGUGGACGGUUUCCUCGUUGGUGGCGCCUCCCUCAAGCCUGAAUUCGUCGAUAUCAUCAACGCCAAGAUGUGA